AUGGAUGUACCAAGGGCUAAUGUAUCGCUAGACGUGGUUAUAGUUGGGGCCGGCAUUGGUGGUAUGGCCGCAGCCUUGACGCUGGGAUUAAGAGGCCAUCGUGUCGUUGUCCUUGAGGCAGCUCCAAAAUUGAUGGAGGUUGGAGCUGGAAUCCAAGUAUCACCAAACAUGCUGAGAAUGUUCGAACGAUGGGGUGUUUCGGACUUGAUUCAUGCUCAAGACGUCGCGCUGGAGCACAUCCACGUACGACGAUGGGAGGAUGGCAAGCUUCUUGCCACGAUGCCAGUCAACAAGACUUUCGGUCAACAGACAGUCAUCCACCGAGCAGACCUGCACAACGCUCUCAUUGAAAAGGCCCUGGCACUGCCCAACGUAGAACUGCGUGUGAACUCGCUCGUCACGAAUGUCGAGUUCAGCCCAGCAUCCGUCACACUCGCCAAUGGAACCAUUGUCCGUGGCGACAUCGUCAUCGGUGCCGACGGCAUCAAGUCCACCAUCCGGGGACACCUGCUGGAAGACCCAUCCCUAAAGGCCAUCGCCACGGGCGACGCUGCGUACCGAAUCAUGCUCCCACGCAGCAUGAUGGAACAAGACCCCGAGCUGAAGAGCUUGAUCGAUGAGCCGCAGGCGACUCGCUGGCUCGGUCCUGGACGCCAUAUUAUCGCAUACCCCGUCCGCAACCACCAACUGUAUAACGUUGUCCUGCUGCACCCCGACCGACAGGAAGUCGAGGAGUCGUGGACGACGAAGGGCUCGAAGCAAGCAAUGGUCGAUAACUAUGCUGGGUGGGACCCGAAGAUCACGAAGCUGAUCGAUAUGGUCGAUGACGAUGAAGUGCUGGAAUGGAAGUUGUGUCUGCAUCGCCCGCUGAAGACGUGGGUUCGGGGCUCGGUGGCUUUGAUUGGUGAUGCGUGUCACCCGAUGCUUCCGUACGUGGCACAAGGUGCGGCCCAGGCAGUCGAAGACGCAGCAGCGCUGGGUGUCCUUUUGUCGACUAUCUCGUCUCGACACGAUAUCCCCCGUGCGCUGCAGGUAUAUGAAAAGUCCCGGAAACUGCGUGCAGAGACGGUGCAGCAAUCAGGAUCCGAUAACCGUAUCACUUUGCACUUGCCCGAUGGACCUGAGCAGGUUGCCCGCGAUGAACAAUUCCGGGCUUCAACGACAGGAUCCAACCCGGAUAAGUGGUCUGAUCGCGAGACGCAGCGGAUCUUGUGGGGAUGGGAUGCUGAGAAGGCCGCUUUGGAGACUUGGAUCGGUAAGAUUGAAUCGAGCACCGAGGGCAAGCUCAACGCCAGCUUGUAGUGGACACACACACUACUUUAUACAUUAUAUUCAACAUAAAGCACCAUGGUGCACACCCCGAGAUAUCAAACUCGACCCCUCUUGGAAUGGAUGAUAUCUCUUCAUAUUUGUCUCUCCUCGACCCAGCCCGUUGGCCCUGGUACAUAUGCAUGGGAGGACUUGUAAAUAUUAUUCCACUACGACCAAUAGACAUAGAACGCAUAUACAGACUACUCAAUGAACAAUGAAG